CCAAAAUAUCAAGUUUCAUUUCUUUUCUGAAAUUAUAUCAACUCUAUGCAAUAACACUGUUUUCAUUGUGAUGUUGGCAGUGAAAAUCCCUUGAGAACAAUUUAGAAACAAACUAAAUCACAGGAUAAUAGGGAUUGUACCUAUUUCACAGGCUUUGGAGUGAAACUGAUUUGGAUUCAAAUGCUGACUUUCAUUUAAGAACUGUGUACUACAUUACCUACUUCUUAUUCCGUAAAAUAAGGAUUUAGUUGGUUUAGUUGUUAAAAAUAUUGAGAUCUUGUGACUACAGUGCUUUACACAUUGUAAGCAUUCAUUAAAUAGCAUUUCUUAUUGCAUUAAUGUUGGGAAAUCCGUUAACAUACCUUUCGUCGUCGUACAGAUUUCAGGAUUUGUUUUCUUUUGUGAAUUGAGAACUGUUAGACCACUGAUGUUUUUGAUUCAGAAAAGCAUACACAAAAACACAAUUCAAUGUGGCAAUGACCCUAAAGAUGCAUGCAGACUCUGGAAUUCAGUGUCGUAACAGAAACACCCUUUUGAGCGUAAGAACUUAGUGGAAAUAGGGGCUGAACAGGGGCUCUAGGCAUUUUGAAUUUAUUUCAGUGUGGCACAUAUUUCAGGUUUGUACAACAGUUAUUUGAUUACGUGUCUGUCUUCUGCACUAGAGUCAGCAUAGAAAUCCUGUCAUCGGUCAUCUUUGGAUUUCCAGUACAGUGGGCACUCCACGUAUGGUUGAAUUGACGCGUUUUGGCCACGGGGGUCAGAAAUGAUUCUCUGAAGAGGGAUGGAGAAGUUGGAAGGCGGAAGGAAGACCUGGGAUCCAUGGCCAAGGAGAGGAGGGCAGCGCAGGUAUGGGACACACGAGGGUCCUAAAACUCCAGUCGGACGCUAGGAACCGAGUGAACCACAUGCGAUCACUUCUUCCCGGCUCCCGGCCUCGCAGGGCCACUUCCGGGAGAGGGAGGAGAGACAAGAGGAGGCGUGCCGGGGAGGAGGCCUUUUGCACUGCACCAGGCGGAAGUGUGCCAAAGGUAUCGGUGCGGCCGCUUCCGGUCCGGUUACGCGGUUUCGAUAUACUGCGUGGUUUGUCGUGCCGGGAUAGACUUCUGAGGUCAAGUCAGCGGGUGAAGAAGUGGUCAUCCGAGUCUCUACUCAGAAAUCUAGAGUCUAGUGCGAGGAUCUGAAAAAAGGCCAGGAACCUGAAUACGCUCUAACCUCUGUUUCCGAGGGGGCAACUUCCACGGGGAACCCCUCUGCCCUGGUAACGGCCAAAGAGGAGAUGGCGCCAGUCCGGGAGCGCUUGUGGUCGACACAGUAAGGAAGCGCGAAGACGGAGCAACCCGAGAAGCCUCGGGAGAAGAAUCAGAGCCGUCGCUGCCGCCACCACCGCCGCCACCAUGGAAGGGGCAAAGCCGACAUUACAGCUCGUGUACCAGGCAGUACAGGCGCUUUACCACGACCCAGAUCCCAGCGGAAAGGAGCGCGCCUCGUUUUGGCUUGGGGAGCUGCAGCGUUCGGUUCAUGCAUGGGAGAUUUCAGACCAGUUGUUACAGAUUCGACAGGAUGUGGAAUCAUGCUAUUUUGCUGCACAGACCAUGAAAAUGAAGAUUCAGACCUCAUUUUAUGAACUCCCCACAGACUCUCAUGCCUCUUUAAGGGACUCAUUACUAACCCAUAUCCAGAACUUGAAAGACUUGUCACCUGUCAUUGUAACACAGCUGGCUUUAGCAAUAGCAGACCUUGCCCUACAAAUGCCUUCCUGGAAGGGAUGUGUACAGACAUUGGUGGAAAAGUUUCAGAUGACCUGUGUAGAAAAAGCAGGAACAGAUGAGAAAAUGCUUAUGAAGGUCUUUCGCUGUUUGGGAAGUUGGUUUAACUUGGGGGUUUUGGACAGUAACUUCAUGGCUAACAAUAAGUUACUAGCACUCCUUUUUGAGGUUUUGCAACAAGAUAAGACCUCAUCCAACCUACAUGAAGCUGCUUCAGACUGUGUGUGCUCAGCUCUCUAUGCCAUUGAGAAUGUGGAGACUAACCUGCCAUUAGCCAUGCAACUGUUUCAAGGAGUCCUGACAUUGGAGACCGCCUAUCAUAUGGCUGUGGCACGUGAAGAUUUAGAUAAAGUUCUGAAUUACUGCCGUAUUUUCACUGAAUUAUGUGAAACUUUUCUUGAAAAAAUUGUUUGUACUCCUGGACAAGGUCUUGGGGACCUACGGACUCUGGAACUACUGCUUAUCUGUGCAGGACAUCCUCAAUAUGAGGUAGUAGAAAUUUCCUUUAACUUUUGGUACCGACUAGGAGAGCAUUUGUACAAAACUAAUGAUGAAGUUAUUCACGGCAUCUUCAAAGCUUACAUUCAGAGGCUGCUUCAUGCCUUGGCUCGACACUGCCAGCUGGAACCAGACCAUGAGGGGGUUCCUGAGGAGACUGAUGAUUUUGGGGAGUUUCGGAUGAGGGUAUCAGACCUGGUGAAAGACUUGAUUUUCCUGAUUGGGUCUAUGGAGUGUUUUGCUCAGUUGUAUUCUACUCUGAAAGAAGGCAACCCACCCUGGGAGGUGACAGAAGCGGUUCUCUUUAUCAUGGCUGCUAUAGCAAAGAGUGUUGAUCCGGAGAACAAUCCCACACUUGUGGAGGUCCUGGAAGGAGUUGUCCGUCUCCCAGAGACUGUACACACUGCGGUGCGAUACACCAGCAUUGAAUUGGUUGGAGAGAUGAGCGAAGUGGUUGAUCGAAAUCCUCAGUUCCUUGACCCUGUGUUGGGCUAUUUGAUGAAAGGCCUUUGUGAAAAGCCUCUGGCUUCUGCUGCAGCCAAAGCCAUUCAUAACAUUUGUUCUGUCUGCCGAGACCACAUGGCUCAGCACUUUAAUGGACUCCUGGAGAUUGCCCGUUCCCUUGAUUCCUUCAUGUUGUCUCCAGAAGCUGCUGUGGGCUUGUUAAAAGGAUCUUUACCAGCCAGUAUAUGGCCAGUUUUAUCCGAGACGCUAAAUAAGCACCGUGCUGAUAACCGGAUUGUGGAGCGCUGCUGCAGAUGCCUCCGCUUCGCCGUUCGUUGUGUGGGCAAAGGCUCUGCAGCCCUGCUGCAGCCACUGGUCACACAGAUGGUGAAUGUGUACCACGUACAUCAGCAUUCCUGUUUCCUGUACCUUGGCAGUAUCCUUGUGGAUGAGUAUGGUAUGGAAGAGGGCUGUCGGCAAGGACUACUAGAUAUGCUCCAGGCACUGUGCAUGCCCACCUUUCAGCUCCUAGAACAGCAGAAUGGACUCCAGAACCACCCGGACACGGUGGACGACCUGUUCCGGCUAGCCACCAGGUUCAUUCAGCGUAGCCCCGUUACUUUGCUGAGGAGCCAGGUGGUCAUCCCUAUCUUACAGUGGGCCAUUGCCUCCACUACCCUGGAUCACCGGGAUGCCAACUGUAGUGUCAUGAGGUUCCUACGAGACCUCAUCCACACGGGGGUAGCCAACGAUCAUGAAGAAGACUUUGAAUUACGGAAAGAACUGAUUGGACAGGUGAUGAACCAGCUUGGACAGCAGCUUGUAAGCCAGCUGCUCCACACAUGCUGCUUUUGUCUCCCUCCCUAUACCCUACCAGAUGUGGCUGAAGUGCUCUGGGAGAUCAUGCAGGUUGACAGACCGACCUUUUGUCGAUGGUUAGAGAAUUCCUUGAAAGGUUUGCCAAAGGAGACAACUGUGGGGGCAGUCACAGUGACACACAAACAAUUAACAGAUUUCCACAAGCAAGUCACUAGUGCUGAGGAAUGUAAACAAGUUUGCUGGGCCUUGCGAGACUUCACCAGGUUGUUUCGAUAGCUCGCACUCCUGCACUGUGCCUGUCACCCAGGAAUGUCUUUUUUAAUUAGAAGACAGGAAGAAAACAAAAACCAGACUGUGUCCCACAAUCAGAAACCUCCAUUGUGGCAGAGGGGCCUUCACCGCCACCAGGGCAUCCCACCAGACAGGGAGAGAGACUCCAGCCUUCUGAGGCCACCCUGAGGAGUUCCUGUUUGGGGGUGUGAGGGAAAAUCAGCGCGGUUUUAAAAAAGAUGGCUGCAGCCUGUCCGGCGUGGUGGGAGGGGAGCUGGUUUCCUGGUGAACUUGUUUCUAAAAGGAAAAUUAAUUUUAAGGAAAUAAAAAAGGAAAAAAAGGAAAAGUAAACUAAAACCAGAACUGAAACAUUCGCCUGGUAACAAACGAAAUGCACACAUACAUACACUCACCUACACACAUGCUAACACGUGUGUGUGUGUGCACACAGAAAAAGAAAAGUACAAACUUUCUGUGAAACAAAAAAAAACGGAAAAUGGGAAUUCAAGUGAAUUAAAUAGCUGCGAUUGGAAGGGUCAGGAUCAUCUCUUAAGGUUUCGUAUUGUUUUGUCCUCUCUUCUCUCUCCCAUCCUCCCCUUUUUCCCAUUUCCCCUCCUCUUUUAACAAAGUGAGUAGAAAUGUCUCUCAUCCUCCCCAGCCAUUUCUUAACAACCUUUAGAGUUGUUCGGACAGGGAGGACUAAGCAAGGAACUUGUUCUGUUUUUAUAUUGUGGUCACAUCAGUGAUACUAGGACCUGCAAGGGCCAAAAUUCGUGUGUAUCCCAACUCUGAGCAUCCUAUUCAAUCUCUGAAUCCACUUCCAAUCCACAUUGGGUUGCUGUCAGCCUUGGAGAUGAGCCAAAAUUGGGGUGAGUGGGAUGUAAAUGUACAUUCUAAGUUUUAGGUUUUUUUAAGAUUUUUUUUGUUGUUGUUAAUGUUUCACCCACAGACAUGAGAGGAAAAAAAAGAGGGUGGGAAUAUGGGAAAAAGUGUUUAUAGGGCCAACUGUUUUUACUAAAAAGUGUGGAAAUUAUUUGAUUUCAUGGGUAUGAGACGGGACAGGGAAGCCCAAAGCAGAUCUUAAUGUUUUAAAGGAGUUGCAGCCCUGCACAGGCACUAGAUAUGAGGGCACUGUUCUGUCUGGUGUUGUAGCCAUCUCAAGAACAAAUCAACAACAACAACAAAAAAAGAAAAAAAUAAAUUUUUAAAAUUUA